GUCCUCCAGGCACCGUCCCUCUCAAGCUUCCCUUUACCCCUCCUCUCCCCCCAGGCCUCCCUGAAUUCAAACCACAAGUUGGAUGAGGAACUAUGCCAGACACUCACUCAACGUUAUGUGAGUGUCAUGAAUCGGCUGCAGAGCCUGGGCUACAAUGGGCGGGUCCACCCCGGCCUGACGGAGCAAUUGGUCAAUGCCUAUGGUAUCCUGAGAGAACGGCCCGAGCUGGCAGCCUCAGAAAGUGGCUCUUACACCAUGGACUUCCUCCAGCAAGUGGUUAUGGAGACCGUGCCCCACAGCUUGCUCACUGAUGCCUUGCUUCUCCUCUCCUGCCUCUACCAACUCUCCCGUGAUGAUGGCAAACCUAUGUUCAUCUGGUGACUGAUCUGCUAAGCACCAGUUGCUGGAACCAACCCCACCCUAAUACUAAUGAGGCUCACUAUUAGGCCCUGGGUAUGGCCACCUUACCUUGGGCAUGGUUCCCUGGGUUC